AUGAAAUUCGUCUUCCUCGCAACCAUUCUCGCUGCCCUCACAGCGACCUCCACCGCCAUAACCUACCGAGCUUACAUGGUCGAUGCCUGUGGCUUAGGACCAUACUUCCUCUGCAAUGACGAAGGAGGGGUAUGCUGUAAAGUCCCCACCCAGUAUGGAUCCGCUGUCCAGUUCGACCAGCUCCCGAUCUACACUCGAGGCAUUGGUUUCCGCGACCUAGGUGGACCUUGCGAGCCUCUCGUCUUUUCCCUCAGGGGGAACGGCACCGAUGUGUGCUGGGAUAGCAACCCCGGAAAGCCGGUCAACAAGUUAAUGUGGCUGGACCAAAAACAGAGUCUGCCUCUCAUCCUGGACCCAUUCCGUGAAUAUCGACUCCCGACUGUUAAGUCUGGAGGCGACGUGAAGAAGAGAGAGGGCGACGGAAUCGUCUGUGUCGGCCCUACCGAAUUCCACUACAAGAAUUUCGAAGGCGAGCCUCGAAGCAUCAAGGUCCCCGUAGCACCUCCCAAUGCGUCGGAUAUCAUCGCUUCACUCUUCAACGAAGGAAAAUAUGCUGCGCUGGAAGAAUGCGAGAAGGUCUGA